ACCAGUUAAGUUAGCCUCAGAAUUCAAAAUGCUCUUGACCAAAGUUUAGAAACAUGUCAUUAACGUAAUCAUUUACAAUAACCUUCACACUUUUUCUCUCCAUGCGUCAGGAGUGGCAAACUAACUAGAAAUACUGUGUGUGGAUUGUCCUGGAAAAAGAAAAUGUUCUCAGGCAGACGUUUACACGGUUGAACCAUGGAUAUUUUGAAUCUACAAAAAAACAUUUACAAGCAUUAAAAAAAUUGGAUGCAUCUUCAGGAACUAACAAUGACCAUCUAACAAAAAUAUGUUUCAUUUACUGUGCAGGAGCAUUAACCUAUUCAUUAUUUUCAGAUUUUUGGUAACUCAUCCAUCCAACACCCAUAAUGUGUUCAAUUUUAACUGAUGAAACAUGCUUGUUUCUUGGGACUAAAUUUAGUUUUUUUUCCCAAUGGUGGAGGGACAUUUCUUAAUCCCUGGAGUUCAGAGUGUGCAGACAGUUUAAGUAGAUGUUCAGCACAUCCACGUGCUCAUGCUCCAUCAUUCGGUCACAUGGAUGAGCAGAGGGACACGCGCAGAGGAGCUCUCAUUAACUUGAGCAGCUGCAUCCACUCUGCGGUCACUCUGGCAUCCCCGCUGGUCUUCUCCACCGUUUUGUCUCCUUUCAUUCAUGAGCAGACAUUUCUGUUGAAGCUUCUUUUUCUUGGUCCAACAUGGAAGCUGUGGCACUUUUCUCUUUCUCUGCAUCAGAGGCAGAUGAGCUGAGUUUUCAGAAAGGAGACAUUGUUAAGGUGACAGAAAUGGAAGAGGAUUCAUACUGGGUCAUAGCAGAGAUUCAAGGAAGGCGAGGCUUUGUGCCUGUGAACUACAUUUCUCUCCUUCCUCAUCCGUGGUUUGCAGGAGCUGUGUCAAGACUUGAAGCUGAACAGCAUCUUCGUUGGCAGGUCACUGGAGUCUUCCUGGUUCGACAGAGCGAAUCUGCCCCUGGAGAGUUUUCCUUCUCCGUUAGCUAUGGCGACAGGGUGGAACAUUUCCGAGUCUUGGAAGGGGGCGGUCAGUACUGCAUCUGGGACAAAGCGUUUUGCUCACUGAACCGCUUGGUAGAUUUUUACCGAACACACAGCAUUGCUGUGGAGAAAGUGGUGUGCCUCAGGGAUGCCCCCUCGUCUCCUCGUGUCCAGUCACAUCCUGCCCGUAACCCUUAUCCCAGCCCGCACAGGCACAGCUCUCAGGAAUCGAUCUCCUCGGCUCAUCUCCACUCUCGCCCUUGUUACCCUGAGCGGGACUCCUCUCUGAAUCUACAGAAGCCAUUUCUGGAGAUGCCUCGUUUGGCCAACGCCCUCUGCGACUACACACCUGAUCAGACCACCCACCUGCACUUCCUGCGUGGAGAUGUCAUCGAACUUUUGGACUGUUCCAGUUCCCUGGGCUGGAGGGGGCGCUGUCGAGGCCGGGUGGGCAUCUUCCCGCCAAAAUUUGUGCACCCCUUGUACCAUUAACACCAUGUUACCAUUUUCCGAUGUGGCUAUAGACCAGGGAGGGGUCUGCAACCCCAGGCUCUGGAGUCGCACCCGGCUCUUUUAUCUCUAAUGUAACUCUCUAGAUUUUUAACAUGUUAGAUGACUCAGCAAAACGAUUGUAAAUGGUUUAAUCUGCAGUUCAUACACAUAUAUAAGAAAAUGCCAUCUUUGAUUUGGCCUUCCCCAUUUUUUUUACUUAAUCUGCUGCAGCAGGGGGAUCUUAUUUUAUUUUGAAAGGAAUUUGAAUGUACUGCUGACAAAAGUAAAGACGUUACUUUUAUAACGUAACGUCUGUAACCCUUGUGCUAUCCUAGCCACUGUAACGUUGGGAGUUGGGUCAUCUAGACCCACUAGACAGUGCACUGAAAAUUUUUCUUCAAUGAUU